UGAUUGAAUCUGUGGAUGGCAGCCUCACUGUUGUGUUCACGCCACCGCGUGUGUAUUCCACGCAACUUUAGUAAGUAAGUAAGUAAGUUUAUUCAGGUAUACGCAAAUACAGUUACAUAGAAUUAUCAUACAUAGCAGCAUAUGUGUAGAGAACCUAGGAUAGCCCAAAAAAGUCAGACAGAGUGACUUAUUUCCAUACGGGUUUUCUCUUCUGCGACUGUAUUUCUCUGUUAACAAGUUGAAGUGAGUGUUGUUGGCUUGGCAGUUAUCACCAGAGUCACACCAGGUAAUGGCAUCAGUGAAACUCAUGAAUUUCUCACCAACGGGUGAGAAGUUUGCACACAGUGGUCCAGAUGGUAUACUAAGGAUAUGGAACACGAUAUCAGGGAUUUUGGAACAUGAGUACCAACCAUCUGAACAUCUCACUGCCACCACAACAUGUGUCAGAUAUUCACCCCAGAAGGAAAAAAAGAAAGCAGCAGUGAAAUCUUUAGAAGCCAGCGAAGGUAAUCUUUUAGCUAUGGGAACAUUAGCAGGAAAUAUCCUCAUCUACAGCCCGGAAAAGAGAGAAAUUGUUGCUACACUGGAUCAUGCUCCCCCUCAUGCAGUGUUAGACAUUACCUGGCACACUACUGAAAGACUCUACUCUCUAGCAGCAAAUAACACACUUGUAGAAUGGGAUGUAACUUCAGGAGAAAAAAUUGUGUCUGUUGAGGUGAAUGGUGGAGGUGCUAUUUGUGCAUUGACUAAGAAACUAUUUUGUGUGACUAGUCGUAGUAUUGAAGUUAUAGCAUUACUCAGAAAAAGUGGUACAGUAAAUUUGAAAAAUUCAUAUACAGGCCAUACCUCCUUAGUGACACAGCUUCUGCCUCUCCUAGUUAAAGAUGCACCCACAAGAUAUGUUAUCUCUUCAUCACAAGAAGACAGGUUUAUUUAUGCCUGGGAUUUGUUAAGUGAGAAUGAGGAACCUGCUGGCAGUUUUAUGGUGAAAGAUAUCAUUGGUACAGUGGCAGUGUCAGCAUUACAAGAAGGUGCUGUAACACUGUCUGCAACUACACGAACUGGUACCCUUGUCCUCUUUACACAACACCUUAAUGGGUACGUACUUCUUCUGAUGUUUUGCAUGGAACGUCAGCCAUUCCUGUUACUUAAUCUCUUAGGUUUAAUAAUUGUAAUUUUCUACUCAUCUAUUUCAGAUCUAUCAGGAGACAAAGAAAUAAUUCGCUCAGACCCAUCGGCAACAGCAGCAAGAAAGCCAACAGCUUUGGCUAAAAUUGUGACACCCUUGAUGACAAAGGAUACUUUUAUAAAAGGCCCAGGCUAUGUCGAUGUUGAACCAACCAGCAAGGUGAAAAGAAAACAUGGUGACCCGGAUGGCAUAGCAGCUUUACCAAUGGAAGAAAGACUCAAUGCUCUAGCAAUAGAUAAAACUAAAACAGGAGAUGCUACACAGCCUCCAAAAGCUGAUAAUGUAGCUCAUCUCUUGCUGCAGGGCUUACACAGUAAGGACCAGCGUAUCCUUCAGAGUGUUAUAGAUCAUGGAGAUAAGGACACUAUCGACAAUACUGUCCGAAGACUGCCCACACCAGCAAUUGUGCCUUUGUUAAAGCAUUUGCAGUUGGUUAUUAGAGGCAAAGGACACAAAAAUUUUUUGUACGUGAGAUGGGUUAGGUCUAUUUUAUACCACCACAUGAGUCUUUUAUCAACACUUCCCAAUCGAGUGGAGUUACUGCAACCAUUCUAUGCAGUGUCUGCAUCAAGAAUGUCAACACUCCAUCAGUUAACUCGACUGCAUGCACGACUUGAUCUAUUGCUGAUGCAUGUAACAAGAAGACACCAAGAAAUUAAAGAAGCUGCUGUAGAGCCAGAAGCUCUUCUUGUAUACAAGGAAGAUCCGUCGGAUGAAGAGGACAUAAUGGAAGCGACACUUGGGAUAUCAGAAUCUGAGGACAAUUGGGAUGACUUAUCGAACUUCGGGGAGGUUAAUGGUCACACUGACGAGGAUUCUGAUAUGGAAGUGGAUCAGCAAAUCAGUUCAGUUAAAAGAAAGCUUGAGGGGGAAGAGGAAGAUGUCAGUGAGAGUGAAGAGGAAAAUGAUGAUAGUGACCUUAUUGUAGAGGAAGAUGAUGAUAAUAGUGAUUAAAAUAAAUGCCAUGUGAAAAUAAGUGCCCUGCAAUAUGGCAGUGUAUGAUGAGAAAUGCGGGACCUGCACAAGUGUGUACAUCAAAAUUGAUUUAAUGUUGCAAGUGAAGUUGUUAUUUUUCUCUUAUGUAGAUGCAUGCCUUGUUUUCUUGGCUAUGACAAGACCUGAAUACUAUAAUACUUUUUUUAAUUAUUUUUUGGUAAACGGUAAAAAUAUCUGUACUUAUAUUGAAAGCACAUAGAAAAUUCAUUGGUUUGAACAGUUUGAAAAAUAAAUAUCUGCCAGAUCAAUCAUUUAGGUAUGACUACACAGUAGGUUGUAGGACUUGAGUUUUAAAUUGACGAAUUUUCAACAUGACAAAGACAAUAUAUUAAAACAUUCAUAAAAUACACUAAUUUGUGCUAAGCAAAGAGCAUUACAGUACUUUUUUAAAAUAAUUGAGUGGUUAUAAUUCUUUAGUUCUUCAAACAAUGUUGAGAUCUUUUUUAUAUUGUGUUAUUUGUUAUUGAAUUACUGGUGUUGAAAUUCAGGAUUUGAAAUAUUGUAUAUUUUAUUCCAAUUUUAGACAAUGUUUGUAUAUUUACAAAUGAAAACAUACUUUUGAAA